GCAACCAUGGGCGAUACGGGGGUUGGCCUAGAGCUGUUUACGUGGGGUCCGGCAUGGAAUGUUCCUUCAUUUGACCCGUUCUGCUUGUCAAUUGAGACCUACUUGCAAUUUGCUGAAGCCAACUGGGUCGUCAAUGAGUGCAAUGACACUGGGGUGUCACCGACUGGCGAGUUGCCGAUGCUCAGAGAUGGGCCCCUGGAGCCGGUGGUGGGCACGUCAAAGAUUAUCUCGCAUCUCAAGAAAAAGGGUCUUGAUCUGGAUAGCCACUUGACAGCGAAGGAACAGGCAGAGUGUUUGGCUUACACAAGUCUUAUUGAGGAUAAACUCUAUGAUGCUUUGUUGUACAGCUGGUGGCUCGAAGUCAACAAUGCCGCCAAAUCGACAAAACCCGCCAUUGCAAAAUCGUUACGUGGAUGGGCGGGAAUGAGGGUUCCGGGGCAGUUGCAAAGGAAAGCCGAAGCACGGCUUCGGAAAUAUCGUGAUAGUCAGCAGGUUUACUCUGUGGCUCGCGAAUGUUAUCAAGCCCUCUCUCACAAGUUGGGGGAAAAGGAGUACUUUUUCGGAAAAGAUCCAAGUUCAUUGGAUGCCAUUGCAUUCGGCCACCUUGCCCUACACGCCAUUCCAGCUCUCGCUGAGCCCACCCUCUUCUCUAUCCUCACAUUCGAAUUCCCAACCCUGUACGCUUACUGUGAGCGUGUCCGAAAAACCUGUUUUAAGAAACCACUGCGACCAUCGCCAAAUCUUAGACCGUCGUAUCUUCUUACCGACAUUAUCAAAUCUCCCACCACGUAUAUUCGCAGCCUUUUCAUGCGUCGACAGGUCGUACCGGCAGAGAAAGCCAAACAAGAGGACCACAUAAAGACUGCACUCUCGGUUUUGGGCGCUGUGGGUUUUUUUGUAGGGUAUAUCUGGUACCAUGGUAUAAUACAAAUAUCGUACGAUGAUGAUGAGGAAGUGGAAGAGGGUGACGACCAUAACGGUGUUGAUGACGAUGACGAGUAAAUAGAUUCCCUUGCAGGCAGAUUUUUACUGCUUGGGAGGGUAGAUCACGGUUGCGUGGAGUGGCCAGCUUUUGGAACACCCGCUGGCUGUCAUGUCUUGCAAUCAUAUAUAGAUGCUGUAACUGUCGCUAGCAAAACACAUUGUUUUAUAGCAUACACUUUAGUGUAGAUGUUUCUGUUCAUCUGUCUGCUUACUGAACAUUCCCAAUUGGGGAAUCACGUGACAAUGGAAAUUGUCGGCUGCGA